AUGCUCAUCUCCAAGACCGUGCUCAGCGGACUUGCCUUGGGGGCGUCCUUCGUUGGCGUUUCUGCUCAGCAGAACUCAACCCGUUGGCCGUUGCAUGACAACGGCUUGACAGACACUGUAGAAUGGGAUCACUAUAGUUUCUUGAUUAAUGGUCAGAGACAUUUUGUUUUCUCUGGAGAGUUCCAUUACUGGCGUAUUCCUGUGCCCGAAUUAUGGAGAGAUCUACUGGAGAAGAUCAAGGCCGCUGGUUUCACUGCCUUUUCCAUCUACAAUCACUGGGGAUACCACAGCCCUAAACCCGGUGUUCUCGACUUUGAGAACGGAGCCCACAAUUUCACCUCGAUCAUGACUCUAGCCAAAGAGAUAGGUCUCUACAUGAUCAUCCGGCCGGGCCCAUACGUCAAUGCAGAAGCCAAUGCUGGCGGUCUCCCUCUGUGGACGACUACAGGUGCCUACGGGAAACUGCGGGAUAACGACCCUCGGUAUCUGGAGGCUUUGACCCCGUACUGGGCUAACAUUUCUAAAAUUAUUGCCCCUCAUCUCAUCACUAAUGACGGAAAUGUAAUCCUGUAUCAGAUCGAAAAUGAGUACGCCGAGCAGUGGCUUGAUGAGGAAACCCACGAGCCCAACACGUCUGGUCAGGAAUACAUGCAGUAUUUGGAGGAUGUUGCUCGGGAAAAUGGCAUUGAUGCUCCUCUGAUCCAUAAUCUUCCCAACAUGAACGGUCACUCAUGGUCCAAGGACCUCUCCAACGCCACCGGAAAUGUCGAUGUCAUUGGCGUGGACAGCUAUCCCACUUGCUGGACCUGCAAUGUCAGUGACACUCAACCAAGCUUCAUGCCCGAGUUCCAAGGCGGCUCGUACAACCCAUGGGGUGGACCUCAAGGCGGCUGCCCGGAUGACCUUGGCCCGGAUUUUGCGAAUCUCUUCUACCGAAACUUGAUCUCCCAGAGAGUCAGCGCUAUCUCGUUGUACAUGUUGUACGGCGGUACCAACUGGGGCUGGCACGCCUCAACGGAUGUCGCGACGAGCUACGACUACUCCUCCCCAAUUUCGGAGAACCGAAAGCUCAUUGAGAAAUACUAUGAGACGAAAGUACUCACUCAAUUCACGAAAAUCGCCCAGGAUCUGUCUAAGGUCGACCGGUUAGGCAACAGCACGAAAUACUCGAGCAAUCCAGCAGUGUCGGUUGCUGAGCUGCGGAACCCUGACACUGGCGCGGCUUUCUACGUAACUCAGCACGAGUACACUCCAUCUGGAACGGUUGAAAAGUUCACGGUCAAGGUUAACACUUCCGAGGGUGCUCUUACUAUUCCUCAGUAUGGCUCCCAAAUCACUCUCAACGGUCACCAAUCCAAGAUCAUUGUCACGGACUUCAAGUUCGGCUCGAAGACACUCCUUUACUCUACGGCGGAGGUUCUUACCUACGCUGUUAUUGAUGGCAAAGAAGUGCUGGCUCUCUGGGUCCCUACUGGAGAAUCGGGAGAAUUCACCGUGAAGGGAGUGAAUUCGGCUAAGUUCGCCGACAAAGGGCGUACUGCGAACAUCGAGAUUCACCCUGGGACAAACAAUGUAACAGUCUCUUUCAUGCAGAGAUCGGGUAUGAGCCUGGUUGAGCUUGGUGAUGGAACACGCAUUGUUCUUCUCGAUCGGUCUGCUGCUCAUGUAUUCUGGUCUACUCCACUCAACAAUGACCCUGCCGAGGCUGGCAACAACACUGUCCUUGUCCAUGGCCCCUACUUAGUUCGCUCGGCUAAACUGGAAGGCUGUGACUUGAAACUCACUGGAGAUAUCCAGAACUCUACAGAGGUCAGCAUCUUUGCACCCAAGUCUGUAUGCUCUGUCAAUUGGAAUGGCAAGAAGACAUCCGUCAAGUCGGCGAAGGGUGGUGUUAUAACCACAACCCUGGGAGGCGAUGCCAAGUUCGAGCUUCCCACGAUCUCUGGCUGGAAGUCUGCGGACAGUCUCCCUGAAAUCGCAAAGGACUACUCCGCUACAAGCAAGGCUUGGGUUGUGGCUACAAAGACAAACUCGUCUAACCCUACUCCCCCGGCACCGAACAACCCAGUCCUCUACGUAGACGAGAACGAUAUCCACGUCGGCAACCACAUCUACCGCGCCACAUUCCCCAGCACCGACGAGCCUCCAACCGACGUCUACCUCAACAUCACCGGAGGUCGCGCAUUCGGCUACUCAGUCUGGCUGAACUCCGACUUCAUCGGCUCCUGGCUCGGCACUGCGACAACUGAGCAAAACGACCAGACAUUCUCCUUCUCCAACGCAACCCUCAGCACAGACGAAGACAACAUCCUAGUCGUCGUCAUGGACAACUCAGCCCACGACUUGCGCGACGGAGCACUCAACCCCCGAGGCAUCACAAACGCCACCCUCAUCGGUCCCGGAAGCUACUCCUUCACCGAGUGGAAACUGGCCGGCAACGCAGGCUUCGAAGACCACCUUGACCCGGUCCGCGCCCCGCUCAACGAGGGCAGUCUGUACGCCGAGCGCGUCGGUAUCCAUCUCCCGGGCUAUGAGUUCGACGAAGCCGAGGAGGUGUCUUCAAACAGCACGAGCCUAACCGUUCCCGGCGCUGGUAUUCGCGUCUUCCGCACUGUUGUUCCCCUCUCCGUGCCCCAGGGACUGGACGUCUCUAUCUCGUUCCGUCUGACGGCGCCCUCGAACGUAACCUUUACCUCUGCGGAGGGGUAUACUAACCAGCUGCGGGCUCUGCUUUUCGUCAAUGGGUACCAGUAUGGUCGCUUUAACCCCUAUAUCGGUCAUCAGAUCGACUUCCCUGUUCCUCCGGGUGUCCUUGAUUACAACGGGGAUAACACGAUUGCCGUGACGGUGUGGAGUCAGAGUGUGGAUGGUGCUGAGAUCAAGGUCGAUUGGAAUGUGGACUAUGUCCAUGAGACCAGCUUCGAUAUGAACUUUGAUGGAGCGUACCUGAGACCUGGAUGGAUCGAGGAGAGACGUGAAUAUGCUUAA